AUUCUUGAUUGAUCUCUCUCAGUAAUCUAUACCAUCCAGUAAUGGCGAAUAAGGUCGUUUCCUCUGCUUUAGCAUUAGCUAGAUUUGUUGGGUUCUCAAUGUUUCAGAGAAUUCUCAUCUGGGUCUUUAGAAUUCAGUGGUUCUACUCAAGUUUUCUUUCUCUUCUCCAAUCCAAACAUGAUUUUGUAAUUGAAAAAUCAAAGGGUUCAAAGGUUUUGGCUGAGAUGACAAACCAGAAUCAUGAAUGCUCGGGAAGGUGGCUUUACUUCCAAGAAGAGACAGAUGAUGGGAAACUUUGCAGGGGAGAGGUGGAGACUGUGAUGGAGAAUUUGGGAAUCUUUAUUAAAAAAGAUGAGGAAAAGCUCCAGGAGAAAUUGGGUUUGGAAGAGCUUUCAGCCCUGUUCGAGGAGGAGCCCAGCAUUGAGGAGGUGAAGGAAGCGUUUGAAGUGUUUGAUGAGAACAAAGAUGGGUUCAUAGAUGCAAGGGAGUUGCAGAGAGUACUCUGUGGUUUGGGCUUUGUGGAAGGGUCAAAGAUGCAGGAUUGCAGAUGGAUGAUUAGAGCUUUCGACAUGAAUGGAGAUGGGAAGAUAGAUUUUGGCGAAUUUGUGAAGUUUAUGGAAAACAGCUUCUAAUGAAUUAUAUUAUUUUGUACAAUAGAGAACCCAACUUGAUUCAAAAAAAAUUUUUUUUUUUGGUUCAAAAAAGAAAUCAAUGUUGAUUCGA